GAUGCUGUAAGAAAAGAUUCUAACACAUAGUAGAAAGAUUGAGGGUAAAAAUGUUUACUUUUAUGAUGUUAGCCUUUGUGAUCCUUUGUUCUCAGCUAUUUGGAAACAACGUCUCAGGGGCUGGUGAAAAAAACAUAACUCUAACCAACAUCACAAAUCAAAAUAUGCAAUGUUCUUAUAAAGCAAUUGACCUCAUUACGCAGGAAAAGCUCGUAAUUGUUGGAGCUUGCAACGGGACACCUCCUCAUGUCCCUUGGUCACCGAUGCCCUCAGUUCCUGCACCCUGCAUUCAAGGCAAUACAUCCGCACCUGCUUGGCAACUGCAGCCGAGUUCUAUCGUCGGGGGAAUUGAAUCCAAGAGAGGUCAGUGGCCAUGGCAGGCUGGACUGAAGCGAUCUGCAUCGGAAAAAAUCUUCUGUGGUGGCUCGCUGAUUGAUCCUCAGUGGGUAUUGACUGCUUCUCACUGUUUGUACGAAAUGUUCAAAUACUCCAAAUCGGGAAAUAUACCCCACAUUCAGGUAUCGUUGGGAGAGUACAAUCAAGGAAAAAAGGACCCAGAGGAAGUGAAUGAAAACGUCGUAAAGCUCUUCCUACAUGAUCAAUACGACCCACAAACUUUAGAUUACGAUGUUGCGUUGCUUAAGCUUAAAAAUCCUGCAAAAUUAACCAAGAUUGUAAGGCCUGUCUGUCUUGUGGACGAGAAGAUUGACUUUGGCCCUGGAACCAACUGUUUCGUUACAGGUUUUGGAGUCACUGAGCAGGGUGGGGAAGUGUCAGCAAAACUACAAGAAGCGAACGUACCAAUAGUGGCACAACAAACUUGUCAAGCAGCAUACAAAAAUAAAAAGAUCACACCCAGAAUGCUGUGUGCAGGCUAUGCUAAAGGAGGCAUUGAUGCGUGUCAAGGAGACAGCGGAGGACCGCUGGUUUGCAUGAACAACGGCAAGUGGUUUCUAAAAGGAAUCGUAAGCUGGGGAAUUGGUUGUGCGAGGCCUGGUGCUUAUGGUGUCUAUUCAAACGUGAAAGAAUUCUUACCGUGGAUUCGCAAUAUCAUAAACAGCGAGGUGGAGGACACCAACCUGACUUGA